CACACUCCGCCACAGCCAUGCAGGCUCCUCGCGCUCAUCCCGGACCGGCAGCAGACAUGUAGAAGAAGAAACCAAGAGCGGUUGGGAGAAGAAUGAGCUCCUCUUCCUCCUCCUCCUCCUCCUCCUCGGCACCUCCAUCAUGUUCCCGGGAGUUUUCUAUGCACUGCUGGCGGGUUUCCUCGGGGCUGUGGCGUCGUCCUCGGCCAAGCUGUCCCUGGGAGCGGACUACCUGAAGGGAGUGUGUGAAACCGGACUCCGGACGUGGGGCGAGCAGCGGAAAUUCAGGCAGGCGGAUGAAACCACCGCGUGCGACCGGCUCCACAUCCCUCUGAGGCUGCUGUGCGGCGGCCUGCUCUUCACCUGCAACGCCGUGAUGUGGACCUUCCUCGCCAAGGCUCUCAGGUACUCCUCGUCCUCCACCAGAACCACUGUGACCACCACUGCCUCCAACUUCAUAUCCUCCGCGUUCCUGGGCCAGCUGAUCUUCGGGGAGGCUCAGAUCACCCUGUGGUGGGUCGGGAUCUCUCUCACCUUCUCCGGUCUGCUGGUGCUGCAGCGGGUUUCUCCGCAGAGCGCCGCCGCCGCCAAGCGGCACGACUGACGCACGUGGUCCCCGCUGGCUGGCUGGCUGGCUGGCUGCACCUCGUCUCCUCCGAUUUUAAACCCAACGCUCCAGCCGAACACACUUCUCUCCGAGGCGCUGCGCUAAAAUCAGAGGAGAUGUUGGCGCUCCUCCAGCCGGGCCGACUGAAACCUGCGUGCGAAUCAUCCUCCGCGCUCUCCGGCUCACCGACAAGCAAAAAAAACAAAGAAAGACGCUCGCUUCACAUCGUUCUGAGGAACCCGAUCCACAUCAGCACAAGAACUCACGAGCUAAAAACUUCCAGUGUGGACACUUCAGAUUAUUAUUUUGGGAAAUACACUCAUUAGUAUACAGUGUGCGUGUGCGUGUGUGUGUAGAGUGAUUUGCAGUCACUCUCUGGGUUUGUUGAUGAGUGACUCAGCACCACCUUCACUGGCCUUGUGCAUGAUGCCACUUUCAGUCCGUGCGUGCAUUAAUUCUCACAUUUCCUCCACUUCUGAGAACGAAUCAGUUUCAACCCUUCGGAGUUUCAAGAAGGCUCAUUUAGGUUCAAUCUGAUCUUAAAAGAUGCAGUUUUAGGGGAAUAAUGUGGAGGAAAACCAGUGUAAAGUGCACCAGAAGCACACUUACUUGAGAAUUUAGAGCAGAAAGCUGCUGGAGGACUAGCAACUGCAGGAUUUAAAAAACAAAUGAUUAAAGUAGAAGUGGUUCAAAUGGGACCCGGGAGUCGUUAUCUACCGAGCGUGGAGACGUAAACCACCAUCGCACUGUAAACAUGCUGCACUGACACAUUUCUACCAAGUAAUAAUCCCGCCGAUGUAGCGCUGACCGGCUCCUCCUCUGAACUCGCCUUCACGUUGAACCGCCUGAGCUUUAACUCCAUCUGAGGCCGCCGAUCUCCGCGCUACCAAACCCCCCACCCCACACCCAAACUCGCUCCUUGGCUCCAUGGAACCCGGCAGUCACCGUGUGUGGAGGGCGUCCGUACGGACACGAACACGCCCGGCAAUAACGCAUAUUCUUUCACCAACACUGUGACGUGUGGAGCGGCGGGGGGAGAGUUCAAAAAGUCAACGCACGCCGCUGGAGGGACGUUUCCAGCAACGCAACACGCAGCAUGACUUCUGUUUGGAUACAUAUCAUGAUCUAAGUGCAGAACGGUAGCUAGUAACGUGUCCCACAGCAGCGACGCACAAAUAUAAUCCGAUGUCCUUCCAACUGCUGCUGCAGGUUGUCGUUUCUUUUCUAUAGUGUGACUCACAUGCAUCCCUGUUAAUGUGAUUGUUCUAUUAAACGCCAGCUGAUUGAUGUUUCCUAGCAGGGCUGCACACAAAACCACAUGAGAACAGUUUGUUUAGGGUUUCUGUAGUUUUUGUUUGUUUUCCAGUCUUGGUGCUGAUGUCUCCAUGAUGUUAGCUAAAAUGCUCAAACACAUCCUGCGUCCGUGCUUCCUACAGCAAAGUGAUCACUGAAUUCUGCAUCAAGACUGGAAAACGGCGUGUAGGGGAAACAAUAUUAUAUUCUGGGAAAUGUCAGUUUAUUUUUUUGGUGAGAUUUAGAAUUGAGGGAGUUUGAUAUCACUUUUACAGGAAGGAGGUGAAGCUAGCUAGCUAGCUAGCAUUAGAACUGGAAACAACUAGUUUGGUUCAGUCAGAAAAAUCGCUGCUGAAAGUUAACAAAAGAAUCGGUUCAUAAAACCACACAUACACACCUGUGCAAAGAGAAUAAAACACUGUAAUCGAAAACUACAUGCACGUUAGCAACAUUUCAGAGAAGUUGCAUUUUCUAAAUGCCUGGUCCGGGCUGGCUGUUUCAGUGAAUAUGCUGACGUCCACUCAGUUGCUGCUGAUGUGUCUUUAAUCCGACGCUUGGGGCUGUGAGGGCUCGUCGGUUUCUUGGCUUUGCUCAAGUUAAUUGGCAUGAAGAGAGAGUUGAACCAUCGUCCUGUGAAGCCACGUUCACUGUAAAAUAACCAGUCAGUGCUUCUGCGACGGCCCGCAUGGCAUGGAGGCGAUGCGUUUACGUCCGUGUGCACAUGAGCAACGUUACCACAGACAGCUGUGCUGCAAACAGCUGGAAGAGGAGAACAAAUCAGUUCCAUGUACAAAGAUGAAAUGAAAAAAAAAAGAGAUCAGUUUAAACAUUAGUUAGCUCAGUCGUCACUUUAACCUGCUGCACUGAUGAGAUUUCACAUUGUGUUCAACUUUUUGAUGAAUAAACUAUCGAGGUUUCUGCCGAUUCACUAAAUAAAUGUCUUGUAGAUUCUCUGAAACAAACGUUUGUAAGAGUGUAAAUACGUUCUGUUAAUAGGAAAUACAGAAAAGAUGUGUAAACCCCAGAGAGAGAAGAAAUACUGCAAUUAUUGAAUAAA